AUGGUGGAACAUACUGAGGCCUUGCCGACUUUGCCGAAAAUCUCGUUCGGGGUGAAAAAGCGAGAGGAAACAAAAGUUCAAGCACCUGCAGCGGCUGUAGUAAUUGAUGGUACGUUUUAAUUUUUCUAUCAGGCAAGAAUUUGAGCAUGGGCCUGCUGCGCGAUCCGAGCUGAAGCUCGGCAGCGGCUUUGCCGCUUUUUUGCUUCUCAGAACCGUUUUAAAAUUUACGUGUCCGUUUCUUAAUUUCUCCGUUACAACUUUUUCCGCAUUAGAAAUGAAAAAGUUGCCGGACAAACGAAGAAAAAAAGAAAGAAAGAAACGGACAGACCCCGUAAGAUUUCAUUAAAUAAGAAUGAUGAUCAUCAUAUAUUGAUAUUAAUUUUUGUACUUAUUUUCAGUGGAAGUCGAUAGUGAUGAAGAGCGAGAGAAAGAAAAAGUGGAACGAGCUGCUCAGAAACGAAAGUUGACCCAUUUCGAAGGAGGCGACGUUCAGUAUGUCAAAAAUUAAGAUGUGUUCGCAAGAAAUAUUAAAUUUUGUUUUCAGAGGAGAUGUAGAUAAACCGAAGCAGGCCGUUGUGAUUCCGAUGGUAGUGGAACACGACUGGAGAACUCAGAAACUGCUUGAAAAAGAGAAAGCUGGCACUCUGACAGAAGAAGAGAAAGCGAAAUUGGCACUUGUAAUGCCCUCUGGAUACGGAGGUGCAGACGGAGCGGAUAGAAACGACGGGGAGAAGAUUGUGGUGGAGGAGAACCGUCCGGAUGCGGAAGACGCUGAUUACAGCGCAGUCUCCAUAGAGAACUUCGGACUGGCAAUCCUUCGAGGAUGUGAUUGGAAGGACGGGGACGGAAUCGGAAAGAACCCACAGAAAGUGCCGCUCCGACUUCUCGAACGACGACCUCCGGGACUCGGACUUGGUGCGACCCCGAAGGCCCCGGCUGAUAAUAAAAAAAAGAGCGGAAAUUAUAAAGAGGAAAAAGUGGAAGAGGUCAAGAAAGGCAGCCUAAUCAAAGUGAUUGACGGACGGAACAAAGGAGUUUACGGAAAAGUGGAAGCCAGGGACGACGACUCGAACUCCCUCUUCAUUCGGACAGCGAUCGGAGGGAAGUCGAUCAAAGUGAGCCAGAUUGUUGCUGUGGCCGUCAGUGCGAAAGAGUACGAAAAAGAUUCCAAGUGUCUCAGUAAGUUGUUCAUUAACUUUCUAACUCUUCAAAACCACAAGCCUUCAGAUAAAGCCGCAUAUGACAAAGAGAAGGAGCGAAUCGAAAGCGAGCGGAAGGUCCACGAGACGGAGAAGCCGUCCACGUCCGCCCUCGCAGUCCCCUCGUCGUCGUCGUCGAAGAACGGGAGCACGAACGAGUGUCCUCGAGAAGAAAAGCUGUGGGCUCGCACGGAUUUGCUCGUCCGAUUCAUUGACGAAGACUUCAAAAGAGGAUCGUUGUAUCGGCAAAAGGUUCGGAUAGUCGACGUCGCCGGAAUAAAGGACAUCACGAUAGAAGACGAAAUGGGACACACCCACUACAGUAAACAUCAUUUAUUGUUUCCCUAAUCAUAAUUCUUUGCUUUCAGAUAUUCGCCAAAAGUGGUUAGAAACUGUGAUUCCUCGCGACAUCGGAGAGAAACUCAUGAUAGUGGCCGGCAAGAGAAGCGGACAAGUUGCAGUUAUGGUAGACAAGGACAAGCGGAGAGAGAAGGUUUCGGCCCGGUUGUUAGCAACAAACGAAGUGGUCAGCGCCUAUUUCGAAGACGUUUGUGCAGUCAAGAUCCGCCACGAAGAAGAUUACGAGUGA